AUGAAUGGCGUAGCGCUCGAUGAUCCCACGUCGCUGGAUGCUGGUCAGUGCCAUCAUGCCCUUGCGGGCUGCCUCCUGGGACCUCCCCCCCCCUCCCUGGCUGACAAGCUCGCAGUUGACUACGACCCAAUCGAUCACUUGAAUCUCCUCUUCUCCCACCCUUCGACCGUCACAUCGAUCAGCCGCGUUUCCCAGACCCUUCACGAACACAAGAAUGACGUGUCCACCGAGAUUGCCGAGCUCGAGCUCGCCCAGGCCUACGGGCCCGAUUCGAGCCUCGAGCGUAUGCAGUCGGCCCAGGCCGAGCUCGCCCAGCUGUUCCGCAAGAUCGAGACGGUGCGGUCGCGCGCCAUCGAGACGGAGCAGAACAUUACAUCCAUGACGGCCGACAUUAAGCGCCUCGACGGCACGAAGCGCAACCUCACCCUCAGCAUGACGGCCCUCAAGCGGCUGCAGAUGCUGACGACGGCCUACGAGCAGCUGCAGGGCCACGCGCGGACGCGGCAGUACCGCGAGUGCGCGAGCCUCCUGCAGGCCGUGCUGCAGCUCAUGAAGCACUUCAACAGCUACCGCAGCAUCGAGCAGAUUGCGACGCUGAGCCGCGGCGUGUCGGAGCUGCAGCGGACGCUGCUGGAGCAGGUGUGCGAGGACUUUGAGCUGGCCUUCGCCAAGGACGAGGUGUCGGCGCGGCGCGGCACGCUCGUCGAGGCCUGCCACGUCAUGGACGCCCUCGGCGACGCCGCGGGGGUGGAGGCUCAUGACGUGGAGACGCUCGACUUUGAGCACGGGCUCGAGAGGCGCUUCGCCGACGGGCCCCGGGCCAGCAUCGACACGCUGAGCUCGGCCGACGACCGGGCCUCCCACUUUCACGGCUCCAUCUCGGCGGCCUUUGAGCCGUACCUGAGCUUGUGGGUCGAGAGCCAGGACAGGCAGCUCGCCGCCAUGAUCCCCAAGUACCGCAGCCAGCCGCUGCUCCCCGAGGACGAGGAGUUCACGCCGCAGGCCGUCAUCCCCUCGGCCAUUGAGCUGUUCCACUUUUACAAACUCACGCUGUCACAGUGCGCCAAGCUGUCUACGAGCGACCGCCUCCUCGACCUCGCCAAGACGCUGGCCAAGUACCUCGACGAGUACGCGCAGCAGGUGCUGCUCAGCUUUCUCUCGAGGGGCGGCGCGCAGGGCCCGCCGCUGCAGGACAUUGUCAUGGUCAUGAACACGGCGGAUUUCUGGUCAACAAACGCGAAUCAGCUCGAGGAGAACAUCAGGAAGCGCAUCGACCCCGAGUUCAGGGACAGGGUCGACCUCUCGUCGCAGGCCGAUGCGUUUCUGGGCGUCGCCAGCGCCGCCGUCCUGGCGCUCGUGCGCACCGUCGAGCACGAGUGCGCGGGCGCGUGGCGCGAGAUGCGCAACACGAACUGGGGCGCCAUGGAAAGCGUCGGGGACCAGAGCUCCUACGUCGGCGAGCUGCUCCGGGCCGUCAACGGCAAGGCCGAGGCGGUUUUGGGGCUCGUCGUCAAGCAGCAGUACGCGAGGGCCUUCUGCGACAACUUGGUGGACCACUUGGCGUCGGCGUACAUUGCCAACAUUGUGCAGUGCAAGCCGGUGACCGAGGUGGCUGCCGAACAGAUGCUCCUCGACAAGUACGUCAUGACCAAGGCGUUUGAAGGGCUGCUGUCGUUCCACAACAGGUCGGGCGAGGCGCAGGCGCAGGCGCAGGCGCCGCCGGCGGGCUUCGUCAAGCGGGUGGCGCACACGAUGAACCGCAUCGACCCGCUGCUCAAGACGCUCCAGGUGCGGCCGUCGCCGCCCGAGGGCCUCGUGCAGGCGUACCUCAUCCACAUUGCCGACCGGUCGGACGUCAACUUUAAGAAGAUUCUCGACCUCAAGGCGGUGCGCAAGCAGGACCAGGCGCACCUCCUCGAGCUGUUCGGCAUCCACCGCGACAGCAAGGCGCACGACGGCAAGCUCGCGCAGAACAGCCCGCUGCUGACGCCGCUGCUGGCGAGCCAGGGCCUGAGCGGCGGCCAGGGUCACGGUCACGGUGGCGGCGGCGGUGCCGGGGCCGUCGCCGGGACCGUGGCCGGGGCGUCGAUCAACACGGCGAGCUCGGCGCUGUCGGCGGCGGGCAGCAGCGCCACGGCGAUGGCCGGGCUGCAGGGCAAGUUUGACGCGACGAGCCUCGGCGAGAAGCUCCUCAGCGCGGCGCGGGACCUGGGCCAGGGCGGCGGCGGCGGCGGCGGCGGUGUCGGCGACAAGGGCGGCGGGGGGUCUGGCGUCGUCGCGGCGGAGAAGGCGAUGAACGAGAACCUCAAGAACUUUGGCAAGUUCUUCCGGCGAGACCUGGGAGGGUUCGGCGCGCGGUUUGGGAAGAGGGAUGGCGCUGACGAGGGGCAGCGGUGACGAGGGCGGCAUCAGGAGUCAGGUUAGCAUUUGGUAGCAGCCGCCCUUCAUGGGCUGGGGCAUGGGAGCUUGGACACAAUGGCCGUUCGUGCAUCAUUC